AGUAAUUAUAAAUGUAUGUUGCAGGCUGUUGUUCUGGUGAUUGCUUACUCAGGACACAACCUGGUAAGAAAAAAAAGGGAAUGGAUUCUCCCUGCGAAGCCACUGAAGGAAAAUGUAGACUACACCAGAAAGGAAUUUAUUGCCAAGAUUCGGUCAGAUUUGAAGGAAACUGAGGGACUUCAGUACUCUCUAGAAGGCAUUGGCGCAAAUAAAUCUCCCUUCAAUGUGUUUGUUGUCGACCCUCAUACUGGAUUCAUUCGUGUGACCAGACAACUCGACAGGGAAGAAAUCGAUACAUACAAUCUGUCAGGUAUUGCUAAGUACAUUAAUGGUGGACAUGCAGAGAAACAAAUUGACGUACGAAUCAAAGUUAUCGAUGAGAACGACAACGCUCCAGUGUUUGCAGUCAUGAAGGACGGGGGGGUGAAAGAGCUCAGUCCUCGAGGGACUUCAGUCAUGAAAAUAACUGCAACUGAUGCUGAUGAACCAGGAAAUAUGAACUCUCAGAUCGCCUAUACCAUCGUAGAUCAGAAACCUCCCGGUGACAUGUUUUCCAUUUCCAAAGAUGGGAUCGUACGCGUCAAAAGUUCUGCCCUGGACAGAGAGACAGCAGAUCAGUACACUCUGACAGUGAAAGGUCAAGACCUGAAUGGUUUACCAGGCGGACACAGUGCAACCAGCACUGUUGUCAUUAAUGUUCAAGAUGUUAAUGACAACCUUCCCACUCUGGAAAAAGUGGAGUAUGAAGGCAGUAUUGAGGAGAACACGGAGGGUGUGGAGGUGAUGAGGAUCAGAGCAGAGGACUUGGACCUGGAGGCCUCAGAGAAUUGGGAAGCCGUGUUUGACAUCGUCAGAGGGAACGAGGCCGGGUACUUCAGCAUCAAAACUGACACCGCGACCAACGAGGGCAUUCUGAUGCUCGACAAGGCUGUCGAUUAUGAGGAUGUGAAGAACCUUGACCUAGGAUUAAUUGUGAAGAACAAGGUUCCACUAUACGAUGGAUCUACUGGAUUUUCUGGAACUAAUAUAGGACUAGGUGGAGCAGGAGGAGCAAGUGGUGCUAGUGGUGCCAGUGGUGCAAGUGGUGCCAGUGGUGCAAGUGGUGCCAGUGGUGCCAGUGGGGCAAGUGGCGCAAGUGGUGCCAGUGGUGCCACUGGUGCUACAGGAGGAUCAGGAGGAACCUUCGGAACAUCCGGAACAUUCACGCAAGGUGGUACCACAUACAAAACCUAUCCGAUCAAAAUCAAUGUGAAGAACCAGCCGGAGGGGCCAAGUUUUGACCCCAAAGUCAAAGCUAUUCCCGUCUCAGAGGAAGGCAGCUCCGUCGACAUCAAUGAAGUCAUUACCCGCUACACCGCAAUAGAUGGAGACACUGGGAAAGUUGCUGAGAAUGUCAGUUUGGGAGCCGUUGAGCAGUACCAUGCCCUGCAGGUCCAGCCACAGGUUCAGAACACCGUGCUGCUGGCGGAGGCACCAUCCAACAACCUGCAGGGCAUGGUACUGCUCAACGGCUCCCAAACUGGACAUGCCCAAGGCGUGGUGGUUCAAGGACAGACCGUGAUGUCCAGCGGGCGAGCCCAGGGCCAACGCAUGGUGCUGGUGGAGAAGAGCCGGGUCCAUGGAAGUGGUGGCAACCUCAUCCACUCUGGCAACCUCUCUGGCUCCAAGACCAUGAUGGUGGUGGAGGGAAAAGCCCCUAAAGGGACAAUAGAAGGGCUUAAAAGUAGCCAGACCCACUUUAUGCACGGGGGAAUUCUGCAGUCAGGGGGGCUUUCAGGAUCUCUGGUGGUCGGAGGGCAAAGCAACAGAGGGCAGCUGGUCAAGGAAGCAGGAUAUCUGUCCCUGAAAAGAGAUAUCUCUGGCUCUCAGAGCAAUGUGGUCACUUCCUCUACCACUACAGUGAACAAAACCCCCACCUACCGCAAGGUGGUGGUACAGGAGACAAGAGAAAUUCACUGAAUGAGAGAUCGUCCGGACAAGAGAGGAUCUUUCCAGUGAGGCCAAUAAGACUGUUCCUCUGGCCUGGUCUAUGUGGUGAUGGGAUGAUUGUGGGACUAAACUAAUGCAAGAGAACUAAUGUGAGACAGUUAAUGGAAAAGGAGCAUGUUUCCUAUAUUCCAUUGCAGACUCCAUUCUAAAACAGAGUCUACCCAAAGAAAAGUCAACAUUGAAGUACAUGAACAAUACUCCAAACAGGGAAAAUAAAUAAACAAAAUGAAAACAAUAAAGUUGAAUGAUAACAAUUCUAAGAUGACCUUCCGAAAAAAUCCCAGCAGACCUAUGUGAUGACUGUUGCCUUCUUUUUCCGUACCUCUCAAAGACAAAUUAUGUACAUACAGAAUCAUGCUUGGUAUAAUCAGUAAAUCCUUAAGUUGUUUAAUGGUGUUUGUUUAAUGCUGUCAGUUGUUUUGCACUAAUAAAAAAAGACAUAAAAAUCCAACGGUCCCAA